GUGGUGCUGGUCGUGCUCCUGGUGCCACUAGUUGUGGCGCUGCUUGUGCCACUGCUUGUGCCACUGCUUGUGCCACUGCUUGUUCCACUGCUUGUGGCACUGGUUGUGGCGCUGCUUGUGCCACUGGUUGUGGCACUGGUUGUGGCGCUGCUUGCGGUACUGCUGGCGGUGCUGCUCGUGGCAGUGCUGGUCAGGAUGCUGCUGGUAAUGCUGCUGGUGGUCGUGCUGGUAGCGCUGCUCUGCGAUGUUUGUGUUGAA